CACAAAUCACUUGCUGCUUCUCUCCUUCGUCUUCGGCUCUCUAAGGCGACUACUACCGGUCUGCAGCGGCGACAUCGCCAAAGAGUUCGGUCUGUUCAACACUCGCUCAGCAGAGAGCUUUGCGAACUGGAGGUGAAGAGUUGCUGUCCCGUGCUCGGGAUCCUCUUCUUCAACUUGCGCUCUUGAUCGACCAAAGCCAGAAUUGGAUCUAUUCUCCAGUAGUUCAUCUUGGGUUGCUAUUGCGAAGGACUCUGCAAAUUGGAUUUGAAGGAGCUGCUAUUCAAGAAUUUCGACCCAAGAUAUGGAGGCCGCUGCUGGGGCAUUGAGCCCUGUCCUUCGUAAGCUCGGUGAGCUGCUCGCUGGAGAAUACAACCUGGCGAAGCGAGUAAAGAAAGGAGUACAAUCACUUCGUAUAGAAUUGGAGAUGAUGCACGCUGUACUUCGUGAGGUUGGCAAGGUGCCGCUGGAUCAGCUCCAGGAGCCGGUCCGGAUUUGGGCUGGCAAGGUGAGAGACCUGUCUUGCGACAUGGAAGACGUUGUUGACGACUUCAUGGCGCGUGUGGGUGAGAGUUCAGGCAGAAAGCCAACGGACAUGAGGAGUCGAGUCAAUAAGUUCCUCAAGAAGACCACCACAUUAUUUUGUAAAGGCAAAGCACUUCAUCAAAUCUGUGAUGCCAUCAAAGAAGCUCAGGAUCUUGCCAAGGAGUUGGCAGAGCUGCGUAAAAAGUAUGAGCUUGACAUGUUUAGCUCUACCAACGGUGCUACCAUUGACCCUCGUGUAUUAGCUCUACAAAAAGACGUAGGGGAGCUUGUUGGACUUGACCGCACAAGGGAUGAACUUAUUAAAACACUGAUUUGUGCGGACAGGAGUUCCAAGGAGCACUUGAAGACCAUCUCUAUUGUUGGUGUUGGUGGCCUAGGCAAGACAACCCUCACCAAAGCAGUUUUCGAGAUGAUCAAAGCCCAAUUUCAUUGUGCAGCUUUUGUCCCGGUGGGUCAGAACCCAGAUAUCAGGAAAUUUUUCAAAGACCUACUCUAUGGCCUCGACAAAGAGAAGUUCAAAGACAUUCAUAAUACAACAAGAAAUGAGAAACUACUCAUGGAGGAAAUCAGUGAAUUCCUUCUGGAUAAGAGGUACCUCGUUGUAAUUGGUGAUACAUGGGAAGAAGAAAUAUGGAGAUUUAUAAAUUGUGCUUUGUGUAAAAACAAACUCCACAGUCGGGUAAUCACAACAACCCGUAAUGUGAGUGUGUCUGAAGCAUGUCUCUCUUCUAGUUAUGACAUGAUUCAGCAAAUGAAACCUCUUUCUGAUGAAGACUCAUAGAUACUCUUCCAUAGAAGAAUAUUUCAAAGCAAGGAGAAAUGUCCAUAAGAUUUGCAAGUAGUAUCGAGAGAGAUAUUGAAGAAAUGUGGUGAUGUACCAUUAGCCAUCAUUACAAUAGCUAGCCUCCUGGUUAGUAACCAAAAGAUAAAGCAAAAAGAUGAAUGGGUGCAUGUGUGCAAUUCGAUGGGCCGUGGAGUUACACAAGGUGGUAUUUUGAAGGACAUGAAGAGGAUAUUAUCACUCAGCUAUUAUGAUUUGCCAUCUCAUCUGAAGCCUUGUUUAUUAUAUCUAAGCAUCUUUCCUGAAGACUUUGAGAUUGAGAGAGACUGGUUGAUAUGGAGGUGGCUUGCUGAAGGGUUUAUCCAAUGUGACAAAGAUGAAACCAGGCUGUUUGAGAUCGGAAAGAGCUACUUCAAUGAGCUUAUGAACAUGAGCUUGAUCCAGCCAGCAAAAAUCAAUUUGGAAGGAACGGCAGUAACUUGCCGUAUACAUGAUAUGGUGCUUGACCUUAUAUGCUCACUGUCAAGUGAGGAGAAUUUUACCUCCAUAUUGGAUAAUGCUGAGUGGCAUGCACCUAAUCCGCAAAGGAAAUUUCGCAGGUUAUCACUUCAUAAUAUCAAGGCGAAGGUUCAGAACCAUCAAUUGAUAGCACUAGCUGUCAAAAGUGAGGACCUUUGCUAUUUUUUCUUCGGUUACUUUCGAUUGGUUGCCAUCUCUCUCAUGCUUCAAAUUUUUACGUGUGCUGGAUAUUGGAAAUUGUGUCAGCCAUGAAAGUAGCUCUGGUAUCAGCCUCAAGUAUGUUGGGAAUUUAAUUCACCUAAGGUACCUAGGGCUCAAGGAUGCAGAUGUUUGCGACCUCCCAAUGGACAUAGGCAAGUUGCAGCUUUUACACACACUGGAUAUAAUAGACACUAGUAUAAAAGAAUUACCUUCAAGUGUUGUACAGCUCAGAAAUUUGAUAUGCCUAUGUGUCAAUUCUAGGGUGAGGCUGCCAAAAGGAAUGGGGAGCUUGAUGUCCCUUGAAGUGCUGGAACAAGUAGGCUUAUCCUUGUCUCCUCACUUUAUGAAAGACCUGGGCCAUCUGACAGAGGUUAGGACGCUCAGUGUUGACUGUCGUAACAUGGACGAGGAUCUGAUUGAUAUAUUAAUCAAGUCUCUAGGCAACCUGCAGAAAUUUUAAAAUCUGCGUAUUUAUGAUGGUGGCAGAUUGUUAGAUCGCAUGUGUGAAAGUUGGGUGCCACCUCCAAACCUCCGUAGUUUUGAUUCAUGGGACCCCUUUUCUCCUUCGCAGUUCUCGCGACUUCCAAAUUGGGUUAAUUCAAUGUCGCUUCCCCACAUCUCCACCCUGAAGAUAGAUGUGGAAGAACUGCAAGGGGAUGACAUUCAGAUCAUUGGGAUGAUGCCCGCUCUUUGCUUUCUACAGCUGUGUACACGUCGCGUGAUGGGAACGUUGGUUGUGAGGGCCGAAGCAUUCCCAUCUGCAAGAUGUUGCUGGUUCUACGGGUUUCCGAUGCCGCCGAGCCUUUUUCUACCUGGAGCUAUGCCAAUGGUUCAGCGCCUUGCCUUCGGGGUAUCUGUGUGGUCUAUCGCGAGUGUUGAGGUCAACUGCGGCAUGAGCCACCUCCCUUCUCUCGAGCAUGUUGAGGUUUUUCUGCAGCAUGAGAAUUCCAGUGAUGAAGAGAUGGAGACAGCCAAGGCUUGGCUGAGGCGCGCAGGAGAAGCCCAUCCAAAACGUCCCACCAUUCAAAUCAUUGACUGGUGAGUGCUGACAUCCCUCUGCCGCCGGUAAGUUUCCCAAUUUCAGGCCUUCAAACAAAUCCUGGGUCAGGUACUCUACUAGUAGUUCCAUCAGUCGUUGCGGAUAUUGCAACAACAUUUCGAUAGGCGAAAAACAAUUCUAUCUCGUUUGAUUCCUGUGCCACUGCAGCUUCCACUAACGAAGGCUCAUUCUCUCUGUGUAUGUUCGGGUUCCGUCUUGAGGCUGCUGGUGUUGUUCAUGAUGAUCUGUUUAUUUUUCCUGCAUAUGCUUUCGGAAAUGCAGUAUCUCAUUUCCUUUAUUCAGUCAAGACUCGUACAAUAAAAGGUUGCAUUCAGUGGCACUAUUUGUAACACUACUACCUCUACUUCCUUUAUUCAGUCAAGACUCGUACAAUGAAAGGUUCCGUCUUGGCACUUAUUCAGUCAAGAGCUGUACAAUAAAUGGUACUCCCUCUGUAAACUAAUAUAAGAUCUUUGUGAUCUAAAAGAUCUUAUGUUACUUUACAGAGGGAGUAAUUAUUGGUUGACCUC